AUGGCGCAUCUAUGGCCGAAAGCCUUCCGUGUAGGUGUCCCUUCAGCAGUAAGGCGGUUUGACGCAUCGAGCAAGUGGCUGGUUACUGCUGGAGCGACCACCGCCAUCGUCAUGCGAAGAGAUGUCCUGAGUCCUUACAUCACCUUGGGUGGGAUAGCCGCAUCUUUUGUGACGAAGCGGAUCAAGCGUGUGGUGAAGCAGCAACGCCCAGAGGGAUCACCCUUUGAUGACCCGGGGAUGCCUUCGUCACAUGCCUUGGUCGCCACCUUUAUGGCAGUCGCUUGGGCACUGCAACUUCAGUCAAAGUUGGCUUCAAUCUCCUUGCUGUGCGCAUCAGCUUUAGUGAGCGUGCUGCGAGUAGUGUGUGGCCACCACACAUGGGCCCAAGUGGUUGUUGGAGCGGUCAUGGGCUCUGCCAUGGCUGUUGCUUGGAUGCUACUUGGAACGGUGAGGGCGCCCAUCCUCAGCCCCAAGCGGAUGCGGGACGAGUCAAGAGUGGACGAGUCACCGGUGACAGACCUGACAGACACCGGAUGUUUACCGAUCCCACCAGACGGCCGUGAAACGAGUCGCCUCAUGUGGUGCCGUGUGCGCCAUGCGCCGCUGCAACGCUCGCUGGUGCUGCGAGCGGGAACAUUGAGCCCAAAGCUUGGCUCAACGCCCAGUUGGCGCGUUGCUUGCCGAGGCCUCGCAGCAUCGCUUCGAUCACCGGAGCAAGAGGGCUCCGGCGAAAAGGCCAAAGCACUUCGAACUGCAGAAGGUAAUGCCUGGCAGCUGAUUCGUUCCUUGUGGCCACGAGAAGCCUCUCAUCAGGGCCGCAUUGCCUUUGCCGCUGCUGGCUUGGUGGCCGGCAAGGCUUUGGCCAUCUUGGCUCCCCUACAGCUGGGCCACCUGAUUGAUGCCCUCGGCUCCGGAGCAGACUCGCUACCCGUCGGUUUGCUGGCAGCCUAUGGUCUCGCGCGAUUGUCGACCAGCGCCUUCAACGAAUUGAGAUCCGCACUCUUUGCCACCGUCUCGCAGAGUAGCUGUCGAGCGCUAGCACGACGAAGCUUCCAGCAUUUGCAUAGCCUCGAUGCGAGCUAUCUCUUGUCCAGCAAACCUGGUGCUUUGAAUGUUGUAGUGAACCGGGCCACCAAAUCAUUGACGCAGGUGCUGAACAUGCUGUUGUUCAAUGUCAUGCCGAUUGCUGUGGAAUGUGCUAUGGCGCUUGGGGUGAUGGCCACGUUGGCGGGACCAGGGUGUGCACUUGCAGCUUUCAAUACCCUGCUUGCCUAUGUGGCCUUCACUACAUGGUUCUCCAACCACAGGCGUGAGAUCAUGAAGAGGGCCAAUCGCGCCGAAGAGGAUGCCAGCGCCGUCUUCUACGAUUCUCUUGCGAACUGCGAGAUCGUAAAAUACUUCCAGGGCGAGGCACACGAGAUCCGGAGAUACGACACCGCUUUGGCUCGCUACGAAGCGGAGCAGGUGUCAGUCCUGCAUUCAUUGGCAAAGUUGAAUUUCGGUCAGUCUGUCAUCGUGGUGAGCAGCUUCACUUCGAUCCUGGCACUCACCUCACUCCGAGUCUUGAGCGGACAGCUCCCGGUUGGAGACGUCGUGGCGAUUCACGGGAUUUUAGCUCAACUCAUGCAGCCUUUGGGCAUUUUGGGUGGUGUUUACCGAGUCACCACCCAGGGCUUCGUGGAUCUCGGAAAGUUGGCGGCUUUCUUGAAGGAGGUGCCUGCAGUUCAGGUACCUCCUGGUGGAGGUGUCGACUUCCAAUUUCGAGGAGGUGCUUUGGAGUUUCGGGACGUCCACUACACCUAUGCACACAACGCUGUGCUGCGGGGAGCUUCCUUGGAUAUCAAGCCCGGCUCGAAGGUGGCGAUUGUCGGACCCAGCGGUUCCGGCAAGAGCACAUUGCUCAGAUUGCUCUACCGCUUGAACGAUCCGCAGGAGGGGCAGGUGCUCAUUGAUGGGCAGGAUGUGAAGACACUCAAUCCAUCCUUUCGACGCUUCCUGGGCAUCGUCCCACAGGAUUGUGCAUUGUUCAACGACACCAUUCGCUUCAACAUCCGCUAUGCUCGGCCUGAUGCAACAGAUGCAGAGGUCGAGUGGGCAGCUCGCCUUGCACAGAUCCAUGACCACAUCGUCUCCUUGCCAGCAGGCUAUGACACCGCCGUGGGGGAGCGUGGCAUGAAACUGAGCGGUGGCGAGCGGCAGCGCGUCGGCAUUGCGCGGUGUCUGCUGGCGGAUCCGUCGGUGUGCCUGCUGGACGAAGCCACCAGUGCACUGGAUGUUCGCACCGAGCGCGCCUUGGCGGAGGCCAUGCAGGAGCUGAUGAAAGGGCGCACCUCGCUGAUCGUGGCCCACCGGCUGCAGACAGUGCAGCGAUGCGACACGGUGGCCUUCCUCGAGGGUGGCGUGAUCAGUGAACAAGGUCCUCACGAGGAACUCCUUGACAGAAGUGAACGAUACCGACGCUUUUGGCAGGGUGUACCUGGAGAAGCUUGAUUGAAAAAAGACCGCUGGGACAUGUGUGAGGGCUAGCGGCUAUUAGCGGCUAGCGUUCAUUUGAGUGGUGGCAGUGGUGGUUAGAUUUCUUUCCAUCCGUAUUUAGUUUGAUUUUAUUCUUUUCCAACAAACCUGGUCUGAAUCAGCAACCACUUAAUGAUGUUCAUGGUCAAGAUCAGCACAGAAUUUAGACUCAUGUCGUCUUAUUCAGUCUUCUGAUUUUGCUCUCAUAAGUGCGUUUGAUUCGCAACGUCAACUGAAAC